AUGACCCAGCACAAGAUCUUGGGCCACCAGCAGUUGCACACCUCCUUCGUGUCCGACCUUAUGGAUCGCUCAGAGACCCUGCGGCUGACUCGGGCCUUAGAGCUGUUGCUGGCUGACGAGGGCCCCUACGCAGACGAGAAGGUGUUACAGCUGGCGUGGGCGGAAAUGCCCGAUGAAGCCACUGGCCACUUCUUCGCGGUGGCCCUGGGCUUUGUAAGGAAGGGUGGAGGUGGUCCACGGCUACUUGCUAUCACGAACCGUCGGCUUCUCAUCCUGGGGCAGUCGCGCCAUGGAGCAGCCAAGCGGCCCUGCGGGCUGUGCCCGCCGGAGAGCUUCUGCCCAAUUGGCCCAGAGAUCUUCCGAUCCUACGGACACAAUGAGCUCUCGCGAAUUUACUCCGCAAGCGAUGCGCAGCUUCUCGUGGUCGGACGGCUGGAGAAAUCGAAGCUUGGGGAGGUUAAAGAUGAGAAGUUCGACAUCUUCGUCUUCCACUCUGUGGACGCCCAGCGGGAUUUCAAAGAGCGUCUGAUGACGCUGAGUGGCCAAAGCGCCCCUUCGCGCGUGAAGAUCCAGCAGGAGAUGCUGGUGGACAAAGCAGCGAAAUCGAAGACAGCCUCGCGAAUCGCACGGACCACUUGGGCCUACCGCGAAACAGACGAAGGCGAUCGCCUGUCCCUCUUUGUCCUAACGGAGCUGAACUUCUUCGAGCUCGAGGCGAACUUCGGCCUAUGGAUUCCCAGCUCCGUCGAAGAUGAGAAGGGCCACGUGUCCGAGAACGAGUACGACGGUGGGGAAAGCGACGAGGAUGUGGGUAUGUGCCCUGACAUGUAA